UAGAAGCACGGAGAGCAGCAUCCAGAAGCAAAACAAAAUAAGAUCAUUGUUUUAAGUGUUUUGUAGUUUAAUAAAAAAAAAAGAGUUAGUCAUUGCCAACACAGAUGGAUAAAAGUACCGCAAAGGCCAAGCGUCGGCAGGACAAGUGCCACAAAAAACGACCGCCAGUAAAAGCAAGCGAAGCACCUCAAAAAAGUACCAAGAGUACGGUCAGUACGUCGGAACCACUCGUCAUAUAUGACGACCGCUACUCAAAGCGUCCAAUCGAGUCAAAUUGGUCCGUCCACCGAGAAAUAUCCUCUGAGUCAGAGUCGGAGGACGAUCAAGCUAGGGCUGCAGACUUUGAGGAAUUACUUCGAUUGCCACACUCUAUCAGUGGCCAUUUCUUUCUCAGUACCGAAAAGCACUGGUUGAAGGAAGCAUCCGAAUCUCCCAUAAGUACGGGAAAUCGUUUUAAAAUUGAUACAAAACACUUGAACGCUAGCCUCGCUACGAUACCGUUUCACGAAAGAAACGAAUAUCACACCGAAAUAUUCGUGGAUUCUGAAAUUAUUUCUAUGAAAUUAAAAGCCGAACUUGAAACUAAAAAAUACCAGAAUUUGUGCGCAAAGCUAGAGUCCAGCAAAAAGAUGUCCUAUUCGGGAAAAACACCUCCAGUAAAAAGCCCUGCGAAAAGCAACGCAUUGCCGUUGAACCUUUCCUCAAAAAAUGAUGCUCCCGUGUCGACACCGUCGCCACCACCGCAACAGCCAGUUCCUUGCUUGAUUGGACCGAUGGCAUUACCUCCGGAGUUACGGAGUAAUCCCCACGUAACGGGGAGCUACACUUCGAUACCGUUGGAAGCUACAGCAGAUGUCGGCCAGGAUGAGAUGAAAAAAGAUAACGAAAUUAACUCGCCAAAGGCGACUAAGGCCGAACAGACUAAAUCUGCGGUUGAAAACAAUUCCAGCACUGCCAAGGAGGAGACAAAGGAAGCUAUUCAACAGUGGCUCGAUGAUAUACUUGACAUGUGAUUAUACGCGAAGCGCUUGUUUGCCUUUCUUAAGUGUUGGAAACAAUGUGGAUCUUUUUUUGAAUAAA